AUGCACGGCGAGCUAGGAAACAAGCUCGUCCAACACGCCAAACGCACCACCGCCCUCCCCACCCUCCCGGCCUACCAGACCGAACUGAUCCGCAGCAUCGUGCUCGAAGUGCGCGACCUGGACCGGGACGUCACGCGGCUUCUCUCGCCCUUCAACACCACAGUCUACGACGACGAUGGCGUGGCUUCGUCCCAGAACACAUUCACUCCGGCGGAGCACCCGGCCACGGCGUGCGCGUUGCUCGUCGACCACCUGAGCAUGCGGCGCAACAAGCGGUGUCUAUUGGCCUAUCACCGCGUGCGGGCCGAGAAGCUGGAAGCCAUGGUCUGGGAGGGGCGGGAGUUGGAUGCGGGUGGCGUGCGGCCGGACGCCGAGAGAGGUCAAGAGAAGGAGAGGGACGUAUCUUCAUUGGUGGGGGGCACGCAGAAUUCUAUAUCUCCCGAGGAGGCGUCCUAUUUCCACGCGUACACGGAUUUCCUCGGCCAAUAUAAAGCGCAGUGGACGGACAUUGAUCUCACGGGCAGUCUGGAGCCGCCGAGGGAUUUAUUCAUCGACGUGCGCGUGCUCAGGGAUGCCGGCGAGAUACAGACCGAGUAUGGGGCCAUCAAUCUGACCAAGAAUAGCCAAUUCUUUGUGAGGAAGGGCGAUGUCGAGAGGUUGAUUCAGGCUGGCUUUUUGAUGAGGUUGACUUGA